AUGAGUGGAGAGGGAGGCUUCUUCUCAUCCAAGACAUUCAUCCUUUCGACGGCAUUACUGCUGGGCUCGGGGGCGGCCCUGGUAGCCUACCAGCAGUAUAUGUGGUCUAGGAGGCAGAAGUGCCUCACGGCCCAGAUUGUUCAGCUGAAGCAACAAAUUCUCAAGCUGGAAAAUGACAUCAAACAGAUCAAGGAAGCCACAGGGACUUCAUCAUCCACUGAUGAGAUGGAGGAGGUCUUUGUGGAUGCUUCAGACGUUGCCCAAGAAAUGAGUUCACGUCAUUUAAACAGUAUUCUUGUGAAACUCGACCAGCAGAUGGAGCAUGGAGAUUUUGAGAAUGUACUGAAUGCUCACACAACUUUAACAGAGUUAGCCAAUAAGAGUCCACGUAAUGCAGAAGUUCACUGGCGUCUGGCAAGGUCAGCGUUCUUGUUGGCAUCAGAAGAAAUGUUCAACCACCCAGACAAACCACAUGAAGGUCAGAAGGACUUGAUGCGAGAAGCUCAUGAAGCCGCCAUUGCUGCAGUCCAACUUGACAGUGAGAGCGGGGAUGCUCAUAAAUGGUUGGCCAUUAUAAUGGGAAGCAUAACACAGUUUCUUCCGGUACAAGAACAAAUCAAAAAUGCUUUUGAUAUCAAAGAACACAUACAGGCAGCUAUCAAGUACAAACCAGCAGACGCACUUUCCUAUCACAUGUUGGGCCGCUGGUGCUACUCUGUGUAUAUGUUGUCCUGGGUAGAGCGGAAAGUUGCCUCCACCUUGUUUGCUGUCCCGCCAACAGCCACCUUGGAGGAAGCAAUGAAUUGUUUCCACAAGGCAGAAGAGCUCAAACCAAAAGGCUCCAUAGACAAUGCCUUGUACUUAGCAAAAUGUUACAUCGCCCAGCAGGACUACAAGACUGCACUACACUGGCUCAAGGUGGGAUCCAGCAUUCACUGCUCUACUCGAGAUGACAUGAAGUCUCAGAAUGAGAUCCAGUCGUUGAUGUCUGAGUAUGAGUCUUUCUCAGAAUGA